CAGCGGACAACGAACACUGCAGUGCAGCAGCCAACCAGCACACAGCUAGCUAGACCGACUGGACACAUAAAUAUGGAUGAAAUAUCACUAGAAGUCAACCGCUGUCAGAAAGACCCCCUCCACAUGGGCUUAUAAACAUGUCCACAGAUGACAGUGUCUCCGAGGAUGUGUCCAGCUCAGGGGCUUUGAGCCACUGCCAUGCCAGUGCUGAUGGAGGAAAGGAGAGCGAGACAUCCCUGGUGUCCUCUGAGGGGACAUCAGCCUCGGGCCUGGCCGUCUUGGAGGAGAGAAACACCAGCUCCAAAACAACCGGAGGCGGCGUGGAAAGCAGGAAUCUGUGUCUGAGCAGCAGCCAAGCAUUUGAACAUGGGAAGACUCUACCAUUCAUCAACCCCAGUUCCCUGGAGACCCUGAGGGCCUUGGUGCAGGAGAUCCAGAGCAGCGGAGAAACGGACCCUGAGCUCUGGAAGGAUUGUGAGGGUCGAUGGUUGCAUCUGUUCCAGCUGGUUGAAAAGCAAUACCAAGAGCAAAUACUUGCUCAGCAAGAACAAUAUCAGUGCCAAAUACAGUUGAUUCAGGAUGAAAUAAAGGCCCUGGUUCAGUUCCAGAACCGGCAGACCAGCGGUCAGACCCAGACAGAGUUCCCCUCUGUGACCAAAAGCCCCUCAAACACAAAAGACUGUAUUUUCUCCAUCAUCUCCAGUGAAUGCAAGCGUCCCAAAAAUGUGCCAAGUGACAACGAGAGCCUAGGAGCCCCAGUCCUCACUCCUUUCAGCUCCCCCUCACCUCCGCCUCCCAGGCUGGAGAUCACCAGCCAAGCAGAGGAGAGGCCGACCACCAUGCUCAGCAGUGGAUACGGAACACUGAACACUUGGGAAACUGGCUUUGAGGCCGCUGAGUCUCCAGGUAGAGAUGAUGAGGAUGAUUACAAAGGGCCGAAGCACAGGUGGACCAGUAUCCUCCAGGAAGAUGCGCAGACAGCUCCGGUGGAGAACCAGCAAGAGCAGACUGUGGUCACAGAGGAAUCUCUUCACUCUAUGUACCAGCAGAAAACAUCAGGAACCAGCCAGCGGCUGACCUCCUGGGCCCAGAGGCAGAAACUCAGACCCAAGAGGACCAAGCCAGGACAAAGUCCAGCACAAACCCCGGACCAGCAGGAGUUUCCUUAUUGCUCCAGCAAACCUGGAAAACAGAGCCUGUUGGAGCAAACAGACUCACAGGACCAGCAUCAAUCAACAGGACUGCCGUCCAGCUCUCCCCCCCUGAGAAGGAGUGACAGCCUGAUGUCGGAGGCUUCAGGUCUGACUUACUGGCGUCUGAACGAAUCGGAUCUCUAUCGGCCCCUUCCGGACAGCUUUGACAGCGGAGCUUACCUCCUCCUGCAAGAGGCAUCCAUGAGUCUCACCCCGCCCCAGGACCCACAGCUGUCCCUCAGAGAGAUCUACCAGAACAAGCAAAAAGACUGUAAACAAACCGACUGGGAAGGUUCUGCUACAUCCAGCCCGUUAUCUCCGCAGGUCUUGACGUUGGACCCGACGGCCAACGCACAGCAAUCAGAUCGAACAUCCGGCUUCACCUCACCUUCACACUUCAGCAGCCCGUCGUUUGCUGCUCAGCCUCAUCCCUACCCCAGACUGGGGACCUCCAUCACCCCUGACAGCAUGGUGGAGAGCGGUGCCCAUCCUGGAGACACAGACUGCAUCUCUGAUGCGUCCAGUGCGUCUGUUGCGGGACCCUCUCCUGCUAAGACCCAAAGUUCCCGGGGAACUACAGCAAAUAGAGUUUUGUCUUCCUCCAGAGAUAAGACGAAGCAGCGCAGAGCUAGUGCCCCACUAGCCAGUGAAGAAGAGGGAAGUCACACCCACACCAGCACCCUGAAGCCCGUUACGGCCCCUGGUGCUACGCUCAGCCCUCACAUGAACAGAGCCUCAUCCCUGGAGGAUCCUGUUGUCCUUUCUUUACUGCGGCAGAACCUCAGAGAGAAGCACUCCCGGCACAUAGCUGAUCUGAAAGCCUACUACGAGUCUGAGAUUCAGCUCCUUCGAGACAAACUCAAACUCAGAGAUCUGCCUCAGGAUUUAGAGAAGAGCAAUCAGGCGCUCACAGAAAGGUGUAAACAUCUAGAAAAAGCUCUGGCUGAGGCAACGUGUCGCAUUCAAGAACUGGAGGCAAGAAACAUCUUGCUGGAGAAACACCUGGCUGAAUGGCCGGAGCGCUACGCCGUGGCAGGAGCCGCCGUGAAUUCCCUGCAGCAGCGACUGGAAGAAAGCAAACGCUCGGCCAAAGACAAAGAAGGCCUGGCCGCGCGUUUGAAGAGCCGCGUGCGGCAGCUGGAGGAGGCGGCGCAGAAGGCCUGCAGAGAGGCAGACGAGAAGGAGGCGAGGAGGGAACGAGAGUACAAGAUGCUGCAGGAUCUUCUCAAAGAAUACGACUCUCUGAUGAAGGAGCAUGACGCAGUAAAGAACAACCUGGUGUCUGCAGAGAGCAAGCUGGUCGACGCAAACGACCAGAUUUCUGAGCUGAAGAGAGUCGUCUCAAAGCUGGAGUCACAGGUGAAGCAGCUGGAACAUGAGAACCAGGCCAGGAUCCGUUACGCUUCCCACAGUAAUGCACAACCCUCAGGGGCUGGUCUCUUUCACCAUCCGGACUUGCUGCUGUCACCCAGUAAAGGCAAAGUAGAACCAGACGUCACCAGAAGGAGAUCCCCUUCUUCCCUGUCUGACCAGCUGAAUGGCAGCAGAAAAUCAAAUGUUCACAAGAGAUCUUCUUAUCCUGUAAAUGAUCAGUCGUCUGGAAGUGUGAGUUCUGUGGAGGGGUCUUCAGCCGGCGGCAGCUGGAGGUGUGCGUCUCCACCUGAGUGCGAGCAAACCCUGCAUCAGACCAGGCAUCAGGAGCUGAGCGGCGGCGUGAAGGAGGUCGGUCGGCGAGAAGGAUCCAGCCCCCUGACGCCCAUGAUGAGGGCCCUGAUAGAGCUGGAAGAAACUAAAGCCACAGAGACCCGCGCCCCUUGGGUCGGGCUUCAGAGGACCACUGUUGGGUUUGUGGAGCGCAAAAACAAAGAGCCAAUCCCCAAGCGACCCGAGCUGGCUCAGGACGAGACCGGGGUGAAUCAAAUUGGAGGAGCUGUUACGGGGGGCGAGAAUCGGGGCCCAAGAAGUCGCAGCGGAGCUGAGAGGGCUGCAGCCCUGCUGAGAGCUCAGAGAAGUCUGUCACCUGAAGGCCACAGGUCGUCCUCACUGCCACCUGCUGCACACAGAAAUGGACCUGCAGCUACAGCAACCAAGAGGGAAACGUUACUCAUGCCACUGUCUGCCAAGUCCAGCCCUAAACGCUGCCCCUCUGAGAACUACUCCACUGCUUUCGGCCACAUGAUGCCCAGAGAGGAGCACCUUCUCCAAAGGCCCGACAGAAACGUCGACAAGAGACGUCAUUCAUUCCACAGCGGCGGCUCCAGGAAGAGACUCCAGUUUACAUCACUGGAAGAUAAAGACCGACAGGUGCCAGAGGACUCAGGUCCAGCGGAGCCACCGGACAGAACCCCCCAGCUGGGCUGGGAGGAGCAGCCGGACCGGAGCGGCCCCGACCAGCAGGACUCCUCAGAGGACCUGGCUCUGCUGAGCCUGGACAGACCGCAGUCGCUGGCUGAAGCAGAGAGACUGUUUGAUGAGCUGACGCAGGAGAAACAGCAGAUUGAGGCGGCUUUGAGCAGAAUCCCUGCGGCCGGUGGCAGAGUGAGCCUCCAGACCCGAUUAGAUGAGGUGGCCUUAGAGAAACGUCUGGAGAGGCUGAACCGGGAGCUGGGAUCCAUCCGAAUGACUCUGAAGAGAUUCCACAUCCUCCGCACCUCUGCCCACAUAUAGCAGCGCCCGUCCUCGCCGUCUCCAGCGUCACCAACAGCACCGAUUGUCCUCUGAAUAUUUGCCGUGCCAUAAUCUCUCAUCUGUACAUUGAACUUUCAACAUGUUUUUAUACGUACACCUGACCUUUACUCUGGGAUAUGUUUUUUUUUAUAUGUUGGGAAACUAUUGUAACUUUUGGAGUAUAUUUUGUAGUAAAGCACAGAUUUGUAAAGUCAUUUACUUUUAUAGUCACAGAAAAACAACAACAUGAACUCGUUCUAUCACUCAGAAGAAGAGAUUUAGAGGUUAAGAUGUGAAGACACAUUUAACAAGACAUUCACUAACAAAAAUCACAUUCACUUCUAUUUUUUUUUCCAUAUUUGUUUAAAUGUUAUUUAUUCAUAUUUUUUUUUACCUUUAAGAACAUUUCCUGUUUUUUAUUGUAAAUUCGGGCCAAACCUCUUCCAACUUGAAGGAAAUCAUUGUUUACUUGAACCCAGGAGCCUUUUAUGUGUUUCUUUUCUGAAAGGCUUAAAUUUUCCUCAGCAGCAUUUCACCCAGUGGGAGCUAAAGCAGCACGCAGACAUUCCACGUUCGAUUCUCCGUCUCAUUCCGCGGCAGCAAUGAUUCUUGUGCAUGGAGUUCGUCCAUUUUUUCCAUGUUGGUUUGCUACAAGACAUGUUUUUCAGUGGACCUAUAAAACAAU